AUGACGAUCACAGCUAUAGGCUUUGAAGGUAGUGCCAAUAAGAUCGGCAUUGGUGUAAUUCGUGAUGGUGUAGUUCUUUCGAAUCCACGUCAUACCUAUAUUACACCACCGGGUGAAGGAUUCCGACCGAAUUUAACUGCGAAACACCAUCAAUCGGUUAUACUAGAUCUAUUAGAAAGAGCAUUGAAAGAAGCAAAUAUCGCAUCCCUGGCCGACGUUGAUGUUUUUUGUUUUACGAAAGGGCCAGGUAUGGGUGCACCGUUGAUUGUCGUUGCCACGGUUGUUCGAACACUUGCUCAGCUCUAUAAUAAACCGAUUGUUGGAGUCAAUCACUGUAUUGGACAUAUCGAAAUGGGUCGAUUGAUAACUGGUGCAACAAAUCCUGUUGUUCUAUAUGUCAGUGGUGGAAAUACACAAAUUAUCGCCUAUUCUGAGCAUCGAUAUCGAAUAUUCGGCGAAACAAUCGACAUUGCUGUUGGCAAUUGCUUAGAUCGCUUUGCUCGACUAUUGAAAUUAUCAAAUGAUCCAAGUCCUGGUUAUAACAUCGAACAAUUAGCAAAGAAGGGUCAGAAAUACAUUCCGUUGCCUUAUACAGUUAAAGGUAUGGAUGUUUCCUUCUCGGGAAUUUUAAGUCAUAUAAAAACGAUUAUUGUUGGAAACAAACAAACGCGCAGGACAUCGAACCAAACACCAACCAAUCCUUACUCAAACGAAGAUCUCUGUUUUUCAUUACAAGAAACCUUAUUCGCGAUGUUAGUCGAAAUCACCGAACGUGCUUUAGCCCAUGUUGGUUCCAAUCAAGUUCUCAUCGUCGGCGGAGUUGGAUGUAAUGUACGCUUACAAGAAAUGAUGGGUGUUAUGUGUAAAGAAAGACAAGCAACUGUUUGUGCUAUCGAUGAACGAUACUGUAUUGAUAAUGGUGCGAUGAUCGCUCAAGCGGGUUAUGAAAUGUUUAAUGCAGAUAAAACACGAAAAGGUAUGACAUUAGAAGAAACAUCGUGUUCACAACGAUAUCGUACUGAUGCUGUUUAUGUCAAUUGGAGAGAAGAUUAA